AUGUGGGCCUCGACCAAGAAGAUCCCAGUAGCAACCAGAGGCGAUGACAAGGGCAAGCUUUAUAGACCCUUCGUCGACCCGUAUGAGAUCCGUGUGCUUGAGAUCAAGCCGGGAGCCAACAGCGAUAAACUACAAGGCUCACUGCAUCAUUGCUCAGUCGAGUUCGAGAGCGAGCCCAAGGAUUUUUUUGCUUUCAAAGGCGAAAUUCUUAUGGAACCCAGACGAGCGCGACUCACCUACAAGCACUUGACCAUGUACGCCCUUUCCAUAGACAAUCUUACUACCCCGGUUUUUUAUACGGCGCUUAGUUAUACCUGGGGCGCACAGAUUUUCGAUGGAACUAUCGAGUGCGACGGCCACCAGAAAGCGAUUACCAAGUCUCUCGAGGCAGCAUUAUGGAAUUUCCGGAAGCCAGACCGGUCUGCGGUCAUGUGGAUUGAUCAAAUCUGCAUAGACCAAGAAAAUAGUAUGGAAAAGGAAAAGCAAAUCCCCAUGAUGGGAAAAAUUUAUCAGCAUGCGUGGAAUACAGUGAUUUGGCUAGGGGAAUCGAGUCCUGGUUCUGACUCUGCAAUCCAGCUCCUAGAAGACGCCAGUGUCCGCUUACAGCUCAGAAUGGACGACAUCGAUCCCACCGACUUCGAGCGACUCGGGCUACCGAAGCCCGACUCAGAGAUUUGGCAUGCCCUGUGGAAUUUGCUCUCGCGACCGUGGUUCACGCGGCUCUGGAUCAUCCAGGAGGUCAUUCUCUCCCGUAACCUGUGGGUUACCUGUGGCGAUAGCCUUAUUACGUGGGACAAUCUAAGUAAUAGUUGUAUCCACUUUUCAACGUGCGGAAUAUCUCAAUGGCUACAACAGCAUUUCUUGGAUAGUUCGAGCACAAGUGGCCCUGUGGAUAUCUGCAAAGCAAUAAUGGACCUCAGUCUCACGAAGUCACACCAUGAGGGACACGAGUAUGGUCUCUCUCUCUUCAGACUGCUAGUUGAAACACGAUAUGCGCAGUGCUACGAUUCGCGAGACAAAAUUUACGGGCUCCUAGCAGUGUGCAGGAAUAGCGACAGGACCGCGGUCCGCACCAGUUACGCACCGGGCUUCACCGCGGCCGAGCUUUACCGUGACAUGACAGUCCAUCAUCUAGCUGACAAUCUCGGGGGGUUGCGACUUACCAGCGUGCUUACAUCUGUAGAUCAUGACUCCCCUGAUCUGCCAUCCUGGGCACCCGACUGGAGGAGGCCGCGCGAAACGACUGCACUAGGGUAUUCGACUUCUGCACAGAGCAUCUACAGUCCCAACGGACGGUUUCAACCAAAAAAUGGCCAGACGGACUAUACCUUAAACAGUCAAAAAAAGAACGAGCUACAAGCACGAGGGAUCUUUUUCGACACCCUCGUCAAGACCAGCGAUCUCUUUAUUGAUCCCGAUCUCACCUAUCUCAAUCCAACCACCGACAACAAAACUCUACUAGAGUUUUUCAGGUUUGCCUCCCAACUCCAGCACUAUCCAGCCCCCAACACCAUCUUCUCUGCAUUCUGGCAUACCCUCGUAGCCGGCAAAGAUGCCUCUGGAAGAUUAAAGUGUCCAUCUUCGUUCGCCGAGAUCGUCAGCCUCCUCCUCGAUGUAUCCACUGGCCUGUCACCGUCGCUCCCGGGUCAGACGUAUUCGGCGCGACAGCGGCGGCCCAAGGGGAAAGGCAGGCUAGAGCUAGUAAACCUCGCGUCCCGCGCGGCAGGGAAGACGUUCCAGGAGGUGCACACUGCCAUGAAGCUUGCGGUAAAGAACCGCAAGCUAGGUAUUACUGAGAAGGGAUACUUAGGGUUAUUCCCUAGGCAUGCGGAGGUGGGGGACGGAUUGUAUGUGUUAAAUGGCUGCCAUGUACCAUUUCUGUUGAGAGAGGUGGAUGGGGCCGUUGGGGGAGAUGAUGUGAGUAUGGGGGAGAUCAUUCUGGUUUAG